AGUAUUUCCACAAUUGUAGUGUAGUCUUAUUUUUGUUUUAACUUGAAUGGCAGGGUGUUCAAUAAUUGACAAACCUGUGUGGCAAAUUGCGAAUUUGCGAACAAUGCUUUAUUCAUGAUAGGAUAGUAAUUAAAUGUUCCAUAAUUCUAAUGGCAUCCCACAGUAUAAAUAUACAUAGUUAUCGUCGAGUAAUUGAUGUAAACGACUUCAUUGACUACUUGAUUUCUGAAAGAAUUAUAAACAGACAAGCAUACGAAUUUGUAUUGUCAAAAAAUCCUGAAGAUAGACUGAAUUAUCUUAUUGAUGAAGUCGAGAGCCAAAAAAAUCGGGAUGUUAGAUCGAAAGUGUUGGAUUAUUUAAGUGAUCAGUACCCAAAUAUAGAAGAGAUUUUACAAGUUAGACACAAAUGUUAUGAUGCACGAGUACGGGGUGGUUUUCCCACACUGGCCAAGAACUCCAUCAAAAGAACCAAUGAGGCCGAAACGUUAACAAACAAACUGAAAAAUCUCCAAGAAGGAGAUAUAAUUGUUGUGCAUGGCAUGGUGGGCUGCGGGAAGUCCUUCUUGGUUAACCAAGUUCUCAACGAUGAGAAUUUAGUGAAAAAUUAUUUUGAUUACAAAUUGUUUUGGGUCAACUUGGGCGAACACAAAAAUUUAGACAACAUUUUAAUCACCCUUUGGAGGCUUUAUUCCGCCGUCAUACCAGUAGUAAAUCAACCACCAAUCUCCCACUGCCCGGAACAACGAGAAACUCUAAGAGCGUUACUCAGAGACUUAUUUUUAAAUUAUAAAAUGAGUAAAGCUCUACUAGUUCUAGACGAUGCUGGCAACGAAGAAGUGAUCUCAGUUUUUGAUUUUGGCUGUAAGACUCUUGUUACAACGAAGAAUAAAGAAAUCGUGCCAAGCGACCAUGGCAUUUUUGUAGAGGUUAAAGCCGCCUUUACAGAAGAGGAAUCCUGGGAAAUGUUUAAACCGUUGGGAUCGAAAGAAGCUAUAGGUAAAAACGCCGAAGACGUUUAUCAAUUAAGCAAAGGUUAUCCUUUGGUUAUUUCAACUAUUUCUUCCUUUUUGAAGGAAAGUUAUGAAGACGCCGUAAAUCCACGCAUUUGGGAAUACAUCAAGGAGAACUUAAGAGGUGGUCGUUGCCCGUUUGAUGUGGGCAAAGGGUCUGUGGAUGAUGCCAUUAAAAUAUGUGUAGACAAUCUAAAAGAUGAUCUCCGACAGUAUUAUUAUUCUCUCUCAAUAUUUCCACAGGAUGUUAAUAUAGUACCAGAAGUAUUAAUGAUCCUGUGGGACAAGGACAAUGUUUAUGAUGUGCGACAUAUCAUGAAGAAAUUGGCGGACAGAUCUCUAGUGGUAUCGUUUUACCACAAUGACAAGCAAUCAUACUUAUACGGGGUUCACGAUGUUUUUCUGAACUAUCUUAAGAGAGUGACCAGCAAUGAACGUGUGGAAUACCAUAAAAAAUUAAUAGAGGGUUAUAAUAGAGUUACCAAUAACAAUUAUAUUCAUUUGCCAAAUGACAAUUACACUCUCCAGUAUAUAGGAUAUCAUCUAAAGGAGUCUAGAGAAUUCGACAAGUUCAAGAUUUAUUUAAACCUUCCUUUUAUCGAAGCAAAAAUUCGUGCUGCCGGACAUGCUGAUGUUUUAAGAGAUAUGUACACCUAUGAAAAGUAUAUUAUUCAAGGGAGCCGCAAUAAGAUCAAACUGGAAGAUUAUCGAAAAUUCAUCACACGAUUUGGACCUGAAAUAUUUUACAACGACAAAACGGAUAUCAUUCAGUAUGCCCUUCAAGAGCGAGAGACUUCUUCAGUUUUCGCCGAUGCCUUAGAAAUUGCUCAAUCUAAUCCGCAGACGCCGUAUUUUAAAAUGAGGUUUCCUAAAGAAUCGAGAAAUUAUAGUGAUAAGUUCAAAAGUAAACAAGACAUCACCGCCGCAUGUUAUGUUAAUAGUAAGCAAAUUUUAGUGGCAACUGCUGAUGGAAAAAUAGAGUUAUUUGACAAUGAAAGAAGUCUCUAUAGCUUAAAUGACCAUAAGCUGGCAGUAACCAGUUUAAAAUUGGACAAUACCAAAAAAUAUUUGUUGUCCAUUUCGGAAGAUCGCUCUGUAAGACUGUGGGAGCUAAGGACGAACAGUAGAAGAAGCUGGGACUUGAGCACCUGUGGCAGCAACGUUGAUCCAAGGGAUCGACAACGUGAUUGGAAGAACAUUAUCAUAAAUGAACCGACCGUAAACUCAAAAUUGUUCAAAUUGAACAGUUCCGAUGAUUAUUAUGUCACAGCUGCGUUUUGCCCUAAUUUCAGUAUAUCUAAACGUAUCGUUCUCGGCACAAACUCCGGCGUCGUUUCAUUAUGGGACACCAAUAAUAUGACGCAGAUUUACACCUCUGGCCCUCCACGUGGUUACGCCAUUUCGAAUUUACUUUGCGUUCAUGUAUCCUCAAUCACUGAGCCCUGCGUUAUUUACAAUUGCAACUCUAGCAUUUUCCUAUGGGAAUUGAAGCCGAAAAAAAUGGAAUAUAUCAUGCAGUUGCAUAACAUGAACGAACCCAACUCCGUGUUCCUAAGUUACAUGAAUAACAUCCCUGAAAUUGUUAGUGUGUCAGAAAAAAACAUUACCGUGUGGCAAUUCGAUAAUUUGAAGACUUCUAAGAAAUUGUACGACUUGAAUAUGAGCUGUAUGGGCGCCACACUCACUAACGACUCGCAGUAUUUAAUUUUAAGUACAUCCGAGAAUUCGUUAUACAUUUGGGACAAAAAACAACACAAGAAUAUUGACGUCUUAUACUAUUGGGGAUUAACCAAAUCAUUGGAUACUUAUUAUGAUGAAGAAAGUUCUGUCCACGUAUUAUUGAUAAGUUCCGAUAAAAAAAGUCUGAAACAGUGUGAAAUUAAUCCGCAAGAACAAGACAAGAGUAUUACGGAUUUUCCUGUAUUCAGUUCAUGCUGGAAAAAGAAUACUCCCUUAACUGCAGUCAGAGGCAAAUCCAAAAAAAUUGAAAUUUAUCAUCACUAUCAGUUGUUUGUUGAAACUGAAGAAAUAUCAGAUAAUAUUACCUUUAUAAAAUUCUGCGAUAUGGAUAACGUCAUUUAUGGUUUGGAGAAUGGUGAAGUGAGGGAAUUUGAGUUCAAGAGCAAGACUGACAAGUUGCUGAUGAAAGUUGAGGGAUCCAUUAUCUCAAUAGAAUUAUAUAGUUGUGAAAACAUUAGAAGUAGCAUGUUGGUUGUAGUAACUAAAGACAAUGCUGAAAACAAUGUCACAAUAUUGUUUAACAAGAAGGUGAUCUCCAAAUUCUUCCCAAUGCCUAGAUUGAUGUUUAGGCUCGACGAUCUUUUGUACAUUGUUGAUAAGACUGGAAACAUAUCUUCAUGGGAUGUUUUAAAUGAUUUGGUGUCUACUUGUUAUAAAUACUCCAGCCAAGUUUCCACUGCCACUAUUUGUCCUUUCAAAAAACAUAUGGCUGUAAUUGUGGAACACUAUGACUCAUAUAUAGCAAAAAUAUUUGAAACCGCCCCUGAUAUCAACUUGGUUAAAGAAUUUAAAAUUUACGGAGUACCUACAUGUAGUUGUUACUCAUUUGAUGGUGGUAUUUUAGCUAUAGGAAUGAAAUCAGGGGAAAUUCAGAUUUGCAAUAUGGUGGGCGCAUUUAAAACAACUACACUCAGAUUACAUGAAACACCUGUUGAGUAUAUGUUAUUUUCUCCUGGUUUGGAACCAAUACUGGUUAGUUUGGGAGAUCAAAUUGCUUGGUGGAAUUUAAAAAAGUUUCAUAAAGGGAAUAGCAGUGGCAUAAAAAAUCAACAUUUGGAGGGGGGGUGCACCAUGGACUCUCUGUAUUGGUCAAGUAAGAUGAAAACGAGGAGUGAGCAUUAUUUAAUAGCUUGUUUAAAAUUGCAUGAACAAUACGCGAAAAUAAUUUCUGCGUCACCAAAUUUCAAAUCGUUCCUAACAGUUGAUGGAACAGGAAGGAUAUAUCUUAUGGAAGUAGUAUGAACUGGAUAUUAGACAAUCUAGAGAAAAUUUUAAUUAAUAUCUUAUUGUCAGACAAAUACGUCUGCAAAAAAAUCACCAAAACAAACUGCCGACAUAUUUGUCUGUACAGUGAUAUUAUAUGUAAUUUCAUGUGUUCAGAGCCUAAAUCACAAGCUUAAUAACUUUAAUGUUGCGCGUAAGAGUUUUUAUACAGUUUUAAAAUAACAAAAAGCCUCAGGUAAACUUACCAAUUGAUCUGUUUAUCAUAUUAACAGUUUUAAACUGAUUUAUGAAGAUCUCCAUCCAUAUACAUUACAUAGACAACAAACAAUAGUUUUAGUCGUUAGAAUUUUGUAACUUUUAUUAUACAUCAAUGUAUAUAUAAAUUUAUAAUUUUAUAUAUUUGUAAGAUGCUUUAUCACAGUUUAUAAUAUUUUUUAAUUGAACAGUGUAUGUCCAACUUCAAACCAAAAAGCCAAAUCUGUGAUUUAGAGCUCUAUUUUUGCAUUAUUGUGCAAUAAGUUCAAUAGCAAUUAAGAAAGUUAUUAAUUGCUCAAUUAUGUUAUGUUAUUUUAAUGAUUAAUUGUACUAUUGUACAAUGGAAAAAGAUUAUUAAUGCUGCUCUAAAGUAGUUUAUUUGAUAUAGUUAAUUAUUACAGCUCUUGCAGCAUUUUGUGAUGACUUUAUUGUGAUUAGAUGUUUAGAUGUAUUUUUAUACCGUAAGUAUAUAUUUUAUAUCAUUUAUUUUAAAGUAAUAUUUAAUAUAAAAUUUAAUGAAAAAUUUAUAAAAAUACUUUUUUUAGUUAUAGACUUAGGAUUAACUCUAUUAUAUAUCUAUGUUUUUUUACUAACAUGUGCAUGACCAAAUUUGUUUUGUCUAUUGAUAUAUUAUUAUGAAAUUUUACGAAAAAAAAACGAAAAGCGAUUUGUUAGUUGGUUUAUCAAUUAAUAAUGAAGUUUAUGUCUAAAAAAUUGCUUUUUUAAAUUAAGUUGCAUGCAGAUGUAUUUUUUCAUAAUAAAUAGCACUUUCAAAUAACCAAAAUAAAAUAAAUUACUUCUAAUUUCUAGCUGGAUUGGUAAAAUUAGAGGUAGUUUGGGAAUUUUGAGUUUUAAAAAAAUUAAAAUUUGAUUUUCAUUGAUUGAUGUAUAUUGUUUUUAUGAGUAGUAAUCAUAUUUGCAUUUAUAAGUGUAAAAUUGAUAAUUUGCUCUCGGUUAUGCUAAAAAUAUAUAUUGGAAUCAAUAUAUUAUUUUUAUCAUAUAUACUUAUUUAAAUUUAAUAUUUACAUUUUGUUCAAGUAAAAGGGUAAAUAUAAAUUGGUAUUAGAUAAUAAGUUGUGUGUUCAAAAAACUGGGACUUGGAAAAUUAUAAUUUGUUUCGUUAAAUGCAAAAAUGGUCUAACCUAUACAUAUUAAAUUUUUCGUGUAAUUGUAGAAAAUUUUAGACAUAAACAAAUAUUUCUGCUAAAUGCGUGCUAUUUAAUUGUGAUUUUUGAUUGUUUUAGUUUAGUAUUUAUUUUUACCAUAAUGUAAGUGCCUCGCGAUAUUAAUUUUUUGUGCCAAAUGAUCACCUAACAUUUAUAUUAAUUAACCCUUGCAUCUAAUUAUCUGAUCAAACCUAAGAGACAUUCUUUAGUUUCUGGGAUUUCCUUCUAUAAGUAAAAAUAUUGAUGAUGUAAAUAUUAUUGCGUGUAUUUAAUGAGAGAGAAAAAGACUUAUUAGACAAAAUAAUGUUCAUUCAUGUGAAUCAUGCAAUCUCUGUCAAUUUAAAAAUACAUGCAGUUCUAGAAUAAAAAUUUUUUACUUAUAUGAAAUUACUGUAAUGAAAUUCAUUUUAGUAAAACAUUCCAUCCAGGAACAAAAGACUGUAGUGUUUAAUUAUUGAAUUCAUGUAAUUAAUAUUCAAAGGCACCAUGAAUAAUUUAAAUAUUUAUUGUACCUAGUCUUGUUUAUUAUGAAAGCAUUAUUUUAGUAAAAUUUUAUUACAUGCUUUAUUACAUCAUAUUUUGCUAAUUUAUAAUUUGUCAUUAUUGUGUAUCGUUACUGAGUAAAAAUAUUGUAUAAUUUUUCUAUAUUUGUAUUACAUUAAAUCUACUUUAUUUUAA